AUGGCGCGCAGGGAGCGGGCGCUGCUGCCGCCCGCCGCGCUCCUCGCGGCCGCCGCGCUCCUCGUGCGCGCCCCGGACCCGUAUGGAGAAGACUGCAGAACUGAAAYGUACCCUCCUUCAGGACCAACGUUYCUUGGGAAUGUUCCCACGUAUGUCAUAAAUCUUGAUUUACCUCCCAGCAAAAGAUGGGAUGAGCUGAUGCGUGACAAAAAGACACAGUUGAAGACGGUAGUCGAGAACAUUAAAAACAUAGUAAAUACCUUCUUCCCUAGCGGCAAAGUCGUUGACUUAGUGGAUAACAAAAUAGGACAUCUCACUGCCACACUUCCUUAUCCUUUCAAUGAAGAGCUCCAAGGGAUUGCAAAUGCAUCUGGAAUUCCUUUGGGGGAAAUUGUUAUUUUUAACAUCUUCUAUGAAAUUUUUACUGUCUGCACUUCCAUAGUGGCGGAAGAUAAAACAGGGAGGCUUUACCAUGCCAGAAACUUGGAUUUUGGACUCUUUCUUGGGUGGGAUGUUAAAAACAAUUCCUGGACGGUGACGCGGGAACUGAAGCCCACAGUGGUAGUCCUGGACUUCCAGAGAAACAACAAAACAGUGUUUAAGUCUACCAAUUUUGCAGGAUAUAUAGGCAUGGUGUCUGGAGUCAAGCCAGACACUUUCACCCUGACCAUGAAUGAGCGUUUCAGCCUUGAUGGUGGUUACAUUGGAAUAUUUGARUGGUUUCUUGGUAGAAGAGAUGGUAUGUGGAUGGGCUUUCUGACCAGAUCAGUCCUAGAGAAUGCUACAAGUUAUGAGGAUGCAAAAGAAAAACUGACAAAAACAAGACUGUUGGCUCCAGCUUAUUUCAUACUGGGCGGAAAAAAAUCCGGAGAAGGCUGCGUGAUAACUCGUUCCAGGACAGCGACCCUGGACAUCUGGGACCUUGAUCUCAAGAAGGGCUCGUGGUAUGUGCUGGAAACAAACUAYGACCGCUGGAAGCCGCCGCUGGUGCUGGACAACCGCCGCACGCCCGCCAUGAAGUGCCUCAACCAGACGAGGCAGGAGAAUAUCUCAUUACCAACCAUGUAUGAUGUUCUCUCCACAAAGCCUGUYCUCAACAAGCUCACCGUGUGCACCACGCUGAUGGACGUGCGCGGCGGCCACACCGAGACCUACCUGCGCCAGUGCCCCGACCCCUGCAGCCCCUGGUAGGGGCCUCCCGCCCCGCUGCGCUGCAUGGGAGGCUCUCCCGGGAAAACCACCGCUCCUGGAAGGAGCCGCCGCCACCGCCUUGGGACRCAGAGUGCCCGCGAGGAGCUCGCCCUGCGUGGCACCCACCUGGCAGCAGCACUGCGGGCAGAAAUGUGCACUAAUGGGGGCGGGGGGCUCAAAUUCAGCUAUUUCUGCAAAAAAAAGUUUGGGGGUAGCUCUAGAUGCCUUCAAUAUUUACAGUGUGAUUGUGCGCUCAGAUUCAGAAUUCUUUAAAAUCACAGAUGGUCUAAAAUAGCACCUASCAAGCACAAUAGGAAUUCUAAAUUGUACUAGGAGGUGCUUCUGUAUCCUUUCCUAAACACCUGGGGAGAAUAACUAGUCUUCUAAUUCUGUGUAAGGAUAUGGUCGGACUCGGUGAUCUUGAAGGUCUUUUCCAACCGUAAUGAUUCUGUGAUAUGUCUAAGAGGCCUUGGUAUAAAAUAACCUACCACAACAGCAUAUUUAGUACAGAAACAAGCUCUUGGGGAAAUAUCUAUUCACUAUUUUGCAGAUCUCUUGCUGAAGUUCUUCCUUGCCCUAUUA